UCUUCCAUCGAUGGAAGAUCAAAAGUAAGUGAAUUCAAUACAACCGCGAGAGUGGAAGUAGGUCCCUCGCGAUCGUGCAACAGGUGAUGUAAAAGUAAAGAGGGGCGUGUGGCAAGCAAAGUAGGGGGUCCUCGAAGUGAAUGCCUUUCUCAUAAUGCGUGGACCUUCUUAGUCUUCCUGGUCUCUUUCCAACCGAUGGACGGAUACCUCACGCGUACUACAUUACUCACGAUUGAAAUAGCGAAAGGUGUGAAGAUCAAGUCAAGAAAUAUUAGGAUAAUAGCUUAAACGGUGCUGAUUUACAGACUAGUCACGCUUCGUUGAUCCAUCGAGAGAAGACAGUCGCGUGACGCUACUCGAGCAAUAAUCAUGAAAGAGAUAAUUAUUUUCGUUAUCCUCGGAAUUGGAAUUGCUCAGACGCAGCUCAACUAUGAGGGAAAUCCAUUAACAGAAAAUACGGAAUACACGGCCGAGGAGUCGCAAAUUUCAUCAAAGAUCGUUAAAUCAUCAACAAAUGGAACGCAAAUGUUGUAUCCGAUCUUUCACGAGAGCAAGAAUGUUGCUUUAAAAGAUACGAUGCUCAAAGAAGACGGGUCCGAUCAACAAAUUUUGGAAAAUAACUUCAAUCACGCUGGAAUAUCCGCGUCAAUUAAUGUUGCAUCAGCUCGAGAACUUCCAGAUAAUGUUUACAGCAAAGUGCAGAAACCUCAGAUACUUGAAACCAUAACGAACACAGUCAAGACACCUGCGGAAAUAGCAUUGAAUACAUUUCUGAAUUCCAAGACACCUGAAGAGUCUCAAUUGUCCUUGGAUUUUUUUCUGCAAAAUAGUCAAUCCCAAAAUAAUCAAUGGCCAACGUCAAAUAUUAUUGUUCCUCAAAAUCAACAACAGCAGAUGCAAAUUGUAUCGCAAAAUGAUCAAUCAAUACAACAACAAUUGGUACGAACCACACCGAAAGUAAUAAAACAAAUUUCAUCAUAUCCACAAAUAAAUCAACAACAACAACAAUUGGUGGUAGCUCCUGUGCAGAAACAAGUGCUUUUACAGCCUCAACAUGUGUUACAAAUGCCUGGACAAGCUUAUGGUUAUGCAGCACAAUAUACAGCCAAUUCUCAAAUAUUGCAACCUUCUCAGAAUGCUCAAAUGAGUCCAGUGAUACCAAAUCAAAUGAUAUUGAAACAAUCACCUUUUUCUUCGGAUCCUUUUGAAGAAAUUCAAGCAAGGAGCGAUGUUAUUACUCCCAUGAUGUGGCGUCAACGUAACAGAUGGAUUCGAGGUCAACCAUAUCCCUUUCCUCAGUCUAAAAUCGGUGGUGUCUUAUCAAAAAGUCCUGUCGUAGCACCGUUCCCACGUAAAGGUCCGGUUGAAUUAAUCUACACGAAACCACCUGGAUAUCAUCGUUUUCCACAUCAUGGGCUUUCUUACGAAGAUUCUAAAGUUUGGUUCCCUGAUACGAAUGGUCCACCUCCAUCCAGCGACGUAUAUUACUCCCAAUUAUACGCUCAAUCUUACGAUCCCCAUUACUACAAUUACAUUACUAAGACUGGCAAGAUUAAGCCCCAUCUUUAUGGCAAAUUGGGCAAGUACCCUGAACACGAAGACGGAGGAAUUUGGGCGGAGCUCUAUCGAGGUUUCACGAAACAUGGUUUAAAAAAUAUCAUGACACCAGGAUUCCUCUUGGGUAUGACACUGCCAAUGAUCACUGUGAUGCUUAUGGCACUUGUACAAAAGCGAUCAUUUGGGCGAUACGAUUCGAGAAAUCUUCAGGAUGUAGAUAAUCUUCAAGAAUACCUUGAACGUCUACAACGAGCCAUGGAAUGCUAUGAAAGAAAGAGAAGGAAAACUGAAGAAGUUACAACAGAUGAGUGUUGAAACGCUACUACUCGAGUAAAUAGCCGUUCAUUGACCGAGACCCAGUGACAGUCCGUUUCAUAAACUUUUUCCUCUUCCUUUUCUUCUUUUCAUACUGCCCAAAAUCAACAUUCGAUUUAUUUUCGUUUCGCGUCGGGAUAUUACAUAAAACAAUUUAUGUUUUACUAUAUACGAACUCGUAUCAGGGAUAAUUAUAAGUUGAUAGAGUAGUAUUUCAGUAUAAGUCGAUGAAACAAUCAGAUCGGAAAAUUACGAUGCAAUAUUUGAUUUUUCUUUGGAAAAAAUCUUAUUCUAGAUCUAUGUGAUAAAU